AUUAUUUUAUAUUAUAGGGGUGAAACUUAAAUAGGGCUUAACAUAAAAUUUAGAAUUAAAUUUUUGUCGAGAGGCAUUACUAACCCCUACUAUAUUACUAUUGCUUUGUUUUAUACUUUAUCUGUAUUACGAUUUGUGAAAUGGGUAUUGUAGUUUCGACUUAGGUUUUCGAGUGGUUUUCGAAUAUCGAUAUAAAUUACGUAUCGACUUCGACUUUCGUGCGAAAUGAGAAGUUAGUGAGAAAUAAUAAAUAUAUAUAGGGGUUAAGAAUUUUAUAAUUUGUGGUCCCAUAACGUAAAUUUAUAGUUAAUGUUCGAAUCUAAUCGGCAUUUUUGGUUUCUUGAAAAUCCAAAAUGACGGAACGAGUCGUAGCGAGUCGGCCAAACCUAGAGCAAAUGGUGGCAAUUAUCGAAUUCAUGGAGCAACACCCAGUAUUGGGACUCAGUCAGAUGAGAGGUAUGGAGGGACGAAAUGAGAGCAAAAAGCUUUGGUUAAAACUUACCAGUAUUGUUAAUAAUAUGAAAGGUCCCACACGGCCCAUGAAAUCAUGGGUAAAGUUUUGGGCAGACAAAAAAUCUACUGUAAGAGCAAAAGUUUUAACAAGUGGUGGUGAUCCAAGUAUUCUUGGUUCUAGUAUUGAAAGAAGGAUAUGGGACAAGUUCCUACAUAAUGAUUCUGGAUAUAAACCCCGAAGUUCAGUUAAAGUAGAAUCACAUUAUAUACCAGAGAACAACUAUUCAAACGAAGAGAGUACUGAAGAAAAUAAUGAAAUGAAUGAUGAAGUACUAAAUUUUGAUGAACCAGCAAUAGAGCCUGCAGCAGAUACUAUGUUAUUGGAGGAACGGAAUAUGAUCCUUAUGGAAAAACUGGUCCAAGUGAUGAGUGAACAAGCCACGGCUAUGUCUCAGUUAGCACAUGCUUCGCAGGUCAGCUCUCAAGCUAUGGAGAGGUUAGCUGAAGCUUCUCAAAUACAGUCGCGAGCAAUCGAACGGCUCGCAAACACAUUCGAAGCGAUCGGUUCUACGGCGCAUCAUAUCGGAACUACCAUUGUCGACAUUGACACGACCAUGAAAAGAUUUUAUAGUACAACGCCCACAUAGCAUACACCUAGGUGCUCGUUUUACAGUAAUCAUAGAUAAAGUUAUUACUUUAUCUAAAACCUAUACUGCACUAACUAAAUCACGUGAUACUACAUUAUAUUAGCAUUUUAAGUUAGAUUUUAGUACAAAUAAUUAUGUAUAUAAAACUUUAAAAACUUACACAACAGGGAAAAUGCCCAGACGUGUUGCCAAUAGAAAUAAGUGUUGAAUAAAUGUUUGUAUUUAUGUUUAGUCUAGAAAUCAAAUAGUUUGUUAAAACUAAAAAAAGGUAAAUUAACACGAAACAUUAAACAAUUUUUAAUCAGAUAUUUAUUAUCUCCUAAUUUGACACGAUGUUUAAUUAUAAAUUAACAUACAAAAUAUACAUUUAGUUAUAAUUGGAUAUUAAAUUAAUGAGGCUACUAGUUUCACUGUGAGCCUUUGUUUUGUCGUUUUCUAUUUAUCUAUACUUAGGGUCUGUUUCACAAUGUUUGGAUAAAGUACCAAAUGCAACACAUAAAUUAUUUGGAAGAUAAAUUGUGCUAUUUGACAUUCAUCGGACUCAUAACUUAUG